CCGCGCUCGCUUCCCUCCUCCUCCUCGCCGACGCGCCGACCACCAAAGCCCUACCCUCCUCUUCGCGCUCCCUCUCUCGCUCCCUGUCUCGCUAUGGACGGAUCCUCCAGCAUCCCGCUCCCGCACCCGGCGCCGCCGCCCGCGGCCCCGCCAUCGCCCGCGCCGCAGGUCUUCCUCCGCCGCUCCGUGCUGCCGCCACCGGACCCUCGCCGCGGCCCCGCGCUCCCGCACCCGCCCCCGGGAGGUGGUCACGUCCACUACUACCGCGCCGCGUGGCCCAUCCCCAUCUACUCCUCUCGAGGGCCCGGCCCUCGCGCCGCUGCGGCCUCCAGGCCCCCGAGGCCGCCACCGCCGCCGCAUCUCCUGACGCCUACCUCUCCUCCUCCUGCUGCCCCCGCGGUGGUGCCUCCUCGGGCGCCUCAGAAGCAGCAGCAGCCGCCGGUUGCUGCGCCGCCACCUCCGGCUACCGCUAUGGAUACGGAAGAGGUGGCUGCGCCCCCGCCGGGGACGGGGAAUCCGACGGCCAACGCAGAGGACAAUGAGGAAAAUGAAAGAGAAACUCUGAAGUCUGAAGAUGGCAAAGGAGAGGCUGUGCAAGGGCCUGUUAAAGGAAGUACAACUGGCACAAUGAAGGGCAUCAAGCGGGCAAGGAAACUAAAGGGAGAUGCUGGGCCUUCUUUAUAUUCGCCAAACAACUGUAGAUACGACAGUUCACUAGGUCUCCUAACAAAGAAGUUCAUCAACCUUCUUGAAGGAGCAGAAGAUGGAACCCUUGAUUUAAAUAAAGCAGCUGAGACAUUGGAGGUGCAAAAAAGAAGGAUAUAUGAUAUAACAAAUGUUUUAGAAGGUGUAGAUUUAAUCGAAAAGAAGCUGAAGAAUAUGAUACGUUGGAAGGGAUUUGAUAUGUCAAAGCCUAAGGAGAGAGAACGUCAAAUCUCAGCAUUGAAGGAAGAAAUUGAGGCUCUUUAUGAUGAAGAAUCCAGGCUGGAUGAUGAAAUAAUGGAGGCAGAAGAGAAACUGAAUGCCCUUAGAGUUGAUGAGCACCAAAGAAAGUUGUUGUAUGUUUCGAAGGAAGAUAUCCAUGUGAUUCCUCGCUUUCAGGGUUCCACUCUCAUUGCAAUAAACGCUCCUCGAGGAACUUAUAUUGAAGUCCCAGACCCUAAUGCGGAUAUGGACAUUUAUAAGGACAUGGAUAAUCAAGAGAAGCAUUACCAGAUUGUAUUUAGAAGUGCAAUGGGUCCUGUUGAUUGCUUUUUAAUAAGUGACCAUCAGGAGACAUUUAACCCAGACCAGAAGACGGCACCAGACAAUUUGGAUGCUGCGGUCACUAGUGUAAGUUCUCAAGUCCCACAGCAGAUGGAUUAUGUUCAAAGUCAGGCACUGGAAAUUGGGGAGAGCAAUGGUGGAAGAGAGCAUACAUCAGAGCCAUCCAAAAGAUAUGAUCCAGUGCCUGGCAUUCUGAAAAUUGUACCAUCAAAUGACACUGCUGCUGAUUACUGGCUUGGUUCUGACACUGACGUUAGUAUGACUGAUACAUGGGGCACUUAAUUGAUGGCGCUUCAGAUUUUCAGUUUCUUUAGAUAGAGAAAUAGCAAUGACAACACAAUACAACAAUUGCAUUGACGGAGUUGGGUCAGCUGACCACCUUCAACUAAAAUCCUGCUUUGGUAACUGCAGAGAUUUUUGCGCGGUCAUCGUUUGACUGGCAGAUCACAGCGAAUACAUUGUACGCAGUAGAUCAUGUACAUUGGCAGAACCAUUUUAGUAGUUGGUGCUCUGCCACAAGCAUACUUUCAGAUAGAUGUUGCAGUAUGUUUCUGCUGUUAAUUAUAUUGGCCUUUGUUUAGAGGGACUGCGUGUGUGCAUAUCAACUUAGAAGGCAACACAGUCCAGAAGGCAAUGCUUAUCUGGUCUCCUCCCCUUAAACGGGGGACUAUUGUUGUACAUUCUGGUUAGCAAUCUGGAAUGCUCAAUGAUUGAUAGCAUAUCAAUAAAGAUUUUUCAUUUUCAAGUCAUG